AUGGGGCACAUGGUGUCGGCUGUGGUUCCUCCCAGUCCUGGAAGAAAGCGGCUGAAAGAAACCAAAAAAGUAUGGACCGGGCUGCGGUUCCUGGCGGGGGAGUGGCUGUGGGUGGGGGGGGCCGAGCUGCUGUACGGCGGCCUGCCGGCCUGCCCCCCCCCGGGGCAGCACUGCGGGGUCCUGCUGAAGGACUCCGGGGGCCUGGAGCCCCGGGACUGUUCAGAGAGGAAGAACUUCCUGUGCUACAAGAGAUAG